UUGUUUCCAUUUGUCAAAUGCAUUUUUCCAUUACUCGUAAUGACUGAAACUGUGGGCUAUGCUGUGUUGAGUUUUUUCGCAAAUUGUAUACUAAUAAGUCAGUAGAGAUAAAAAAUAAAAACUUUAGUGAAAAUAUUCAAUAAGAUCAAAGAGUCACGCAUAUGUAUAUUUCUUAAAAGGUUUAUCAAAACUUGUACUAUUGUCCUGAUCCAGUUGAAUAUAAGUGUAAGAAUAACUGAGAGUACAAAAAGGCAAGGAAACGCUACAAGUGGGCGCAGUGUGUGGCAUAAUUGAACCAUAUGGUAGUGGUUUCAUUUUAAUAAGCAAAGAAGCCGGAAAAACUACGUGCCAUCAGAAUAAUAUACAUACAUACUUGUAGUCGAAUAAAUUGUGAACACAAACAAGAAAGACAUAUUCUAGUUCUUUUAUCUCCAUAAUUAGUGUUUACAGCGCCGCAAUGGACGAGGUAGACGAUGAGACUUUCGAUGAUGCCAAGUCAGCGCGCACUUCGGAUGAGAAUCGCAAGCAAAACCACAGCGAAAUCGAGAAGCGGCGCCGUGACAAAAUGAACACCUACAUAAAUGAGCUCUCAUCCAUGAUACCGAUGUGCUAUGUGGUGCCACGCAAAUUAGAUAAGCUGACCGUACUUAAAUAUACAGUGCAACACCUGCGCAGCAUACGGGGCCGCGUGCAUCCCUACAGUGGUGGUGAUUACAAGCCAUCGUUUCUAUCGGAUCAGGAGCUUAAAAUGCUGAUACUGCAGGCAUCUGAGGGGUUUCUUUUUGUGGUGGAUUGUGACCGUGGACGCAUUUUAUAUGUUUCGGAGUCGGUGUCACAAGUGUUGAAUUGCUCGCAAAUGGAUCUGCUAGGGCAGAGUUGGUUUGACAUAUUACAUCCGAAGGAUGUGGCCAAAGUCAAAGAACAGUUAUCUUCCUUGGAUCCUUGUCCGCGCGAUCGGCUGAUUGAUGCAAAAACUAUGCUACCCGUCAAAACCGACAUUCCACAGAGUCUAUGUCGUCUCUGUCCGGGUGCGCGCCGCUCAUUCUUCUGUCGCAUGAAACUCAAAUCCAACAAUAACCAAAUUAAAGAGGAAUCCGACACAUCCUCCAGUUCUCGCAGCUCAACGAAACGAAAGUCCAAGUUGAGCGUCGACCACAAAUAUCGCGUUAUACAAUGUACCGGUUAUUUGAAGUCAUGGACACCGAUUAAAAACGAAGAACAAGAUAGCGAGAGUGAAGAUAAUCUGACAAAUCAUUCCAGUUUGGUGGCUAUUGGCAGAAUACCGCCGAAUGUUUUAGAAUCCAAUGUACCCCCAUCUUUGGACAACCAUCCCAAUAUAAGGCAUGUGCUAUUCAUCUCAAGACAUUCCGUAGAUGGUAAAUUCCUAUUCAUAGAUCAAAGAGCGACAUUGGUCAUUGGUUUCUUGCCGCAGGAGAUGCUCGGCACCAGCUUUUACGACUAUUUCCAUCAUGAAGAUAUCCCCGCUUUGGCCGAGUCACAUAAAAUGGUCAUACAGGUGCCGGAGAAGGUGACAACGCAAGUAUAUCGCUUUCGUUGCAAGGAUAAUACUUUCAUUCAACUUCAAAGCGAAUGGAAGGCAUUCAAAAAUCCAUGGACCACUGAUAUUGAGUACAUUAUAGCGAAAAAUACCGUUUUCCUUUGAAUUCGCGGUCAUCAGAUUUUUACAUACUUACAUUCAAAUAAGUACACUCGAGUGCACUCAAGCAAGCGUGUGCCGAGUAUGUAUGCAUGUGCAUUUUUUUUGAUCACUCAAUAUACAUACUUUAAUUUGUGUUAGUCGCAUUUGUUUUCAUAAAUUUAUGUAGAUAUAAUAUUACAUACGGAAAGAAUAGCAAAUGUUUUUAAGGAGAUUCAUAAAUACAUAUUCAUUAAUACACAUAUUUUUGUGUAUAAAAGGACAAA